AUGGCCGAUACCGAGGACUUGGAAAGACUGGAGUCGGGCCUUCAUGAACUGGAGCCCAUGCCUACACACGAUGUAGCUUCUUCGAUCGAGGACAAGUCCUCCCACUACCAACCUACAACGACACGACCGGGGCUCUCGCAACAUUCCGCGAUAUGGUACUUGACGCGAAUCCAAAAGUACAGCAGUUAUGCCUUCUCCGCCUUCGCAACUAUGCACAUCACGAAUACCUCAAUCAUUCCGCUCGUAACGCGCUCCGUACCGGCCAGCGAACCGUACCUACUCCUUACUCGACCCUACUACCAAUCCCCGGCAGCUGAGCCCUUGAUGGUCAUCGUCCCGAUAUGGGCACACGUAAUAAGUGGUGUUGCGAUAAGAGUCUUGAGAAGGAAUCAGAAUGCAAAGAGAUAUGGAGAGGCACGUUCAAAGGAGAAUAAAGCUGCGUUCUUGACCAGAUUCUGGCCAAAAGUGAGCGGAACCUCUAAGCUCGGGUUCCUCCUCACGCCUUUGAUCGUUGGACAUAUGGCCAUCAACCGUCUCAUCCCAAAGAUGUACUCAGCGGGCGGUGGCAGCAAUGUCGGGCUGGACUAUGUAUCACACGCAUUUGCUCGGCAUCCUGCAAUCUCCUUUGCUGGCUUCUCGGCGUUGCUGGCUGUGGGAGGCUUCCAUAUCACGUGGGGAUGGGCGAAGUGGCUGGGCUGGACGCCGGACCAGGUCACUGAGAUGGGUUCUCGGAGAGAGCUCAGCAAGAAGAGGAGGUGGUAUAUCAUCAACGGCCUGUCAGCGCUCGUGACUGGUCUCUGGAUGGCAGGCAGCUUUGGCGUGAUUGCAAGAGGUGGUGCAGCGCCUGGAUGGGUGGGCCGACAGUAUGACGAGAUGUACCGGAUGAUUCCGAUUGUGGGCAAGUGGUUGUAA